GCUGUUAUGACAAAGUCAUGUAGCCUACUGUGAGGAAGGACAUUACUUAUUUAACGUCAUCAGUGUAGCUAGUUUGUUGCCUAUUAAAUCAGCACGUUUACCACCGUGGUGGGUUCAGUGUAUUUGCAAAUGUUUUCCCAAGUGAGAGCAUGGUUGGUGUCGGGUUUGACUAAAUUUCCCAGUUGUGUAAACUCAACGACCGAAAUAAGUGUGGCACCUGCCCUCUGCAGCAGGCAUCAUCAUCGGACCUUCAGCUCUGAGUCUGCAGGUGUCAAGGUGCUGUAUGAUGGGCUUUGUCCCAUAUGUGUGACGGAGAUCCGGUUCCUCCAGUUUCUGCAGAGAAACCGGCCUGGGAAAGUAUAUUUUAUUGAUAUCUCCCUGCCAGACUAUGAUGUAGAGAAAUACAAGGAUGUCAGCUAUGAGAUGGCCAUGGAGGAAAUGCAUGUAAUUGAUGAGAAAGACGAGGUUCACCGUGGGAUCCCAGCGUUUGCAGUCAUGUACAGUGCAGUGGGCCUUGGCUGGUUGGGUCGCUUCAUGAUGUGGUCACCUGUGAGACCAUUCAUGGACAAGUCCUAUGCCAUCUUUGCCAGGAAUCGCUUAAAGUGGACUGGACGAGGGGAGGAGUGCAGAACGGGACACUGUGAAAAGAAAACACAUUGACUUGUUACCACAGAGAAAAUAAAGUAUGUUAAUAAUCAAGUUAAUUGAACGUGAAGAAGAACUGGAUGCUUUUUCCUGCUUAACCAUCAGUUUAUUAUGAAUCUGUCUGGAAAAAUGAAAGACUGUUCUUAGCUGGAGGGAAAUAUUUGCUGCCUGAUUUGAAUGUGUAUGUUGUGAAGCUAUAAUUUGCUGCAUAAUUUCUUUACUAGAUCUAGACUAUAAGUUUGAUUAAACAUCUUCAGUUAAAGUGAUGAAAACAUCUGCUACAAAAUAUCUGAUAAUGAUGACAGUAAUAGAGAUGUUGGUAUUGCAAGAUAAACGUGAAAAAAUAAAUAAAUAAAUAAACCUUUACAUACUGGAAAUGGCCUAAAUAAAAAAAAUGAUGUAUAAUGUUAAGUGUCAUAUUGGCAUCCAAAUAAAUGUUAUUAAAAAAAAAUAAAAAGUUAA